AUGGAGAAGAUGAUCAAGCAUCAAGAAUUGGCCAAUAAGAACCAUGAAGCUUCACUAAGGAAUUUGGAAAGACAAAUUGGACAACUGUCCAAGCAAACAGUGGCUGAAAGACCAACCAGUGCACUUCCAAGUGAUACCAUUUCCAACCAUAAAGAAGAAUGUAAAGCAAUUCAACUCAGAAGUGGAAGAACAUUGGAGGAUGACAAGGUCAACAGCAAGAAAGAAAUAGAAAUUGAAGAGAAAGAUCAGGGGAAGCUCAAGGAGAAUGAGGAAGAGCCACAAGCCUCAAAAAAAGGAAAACAAAUCAUGAAGGAGCAUCCACAAGAACAGAAGAAGGUGGAGAAGCCAUACAUUCCUUCCCUUCCAUAUCAUCAAAGGUUCAACAGAGAGCUUAAAGACCAACAGUUCCCCAUGUUCCUAGAAGUUUUCAAGAAGCUGGAAAUCAAUAUUCCACUUGCUGAAGCAUUGGAGCAGAUGCCUCUGUCAAGUAUCAAUCUGAUGCCCUUAUCUAUGAUGAGAAAGUUGUCCAUAGAAGAAGUGAAACCUAUAAGGAUGACCUUGCAACUUGCUGACAGAUCAAUGGUAAUCCCUACUGGAGUGGUUGAGAACCUCUUGGUCAAGGUGAAUAAGUUCGUAUUUUCAGCAGAUUUUGUGAUUUUGGAUCUAGAUGAAGAGGGAGGUGAUUCCAUCAUAUUGGGAAGACCUUUCCUAGCCACAGUAAGUAGGGGUGUUUGCGGUGCGGUUUGGUUUGGUUUUUGA